AUGGUAAAUCCAAAAGCUUUUGGAGAAAAUGCAAGUCAGAAGAUUCUCGAGCUUGAAGCACAAAUACAGGCAAUGCGUGAAGCUGAAGAGACACUCAACUUAGAGCUAAAAGAAGUUGAGGCAAGUGUCAAAGCUGCUGAGACGAAAGGCUCAGACCUUGAGCAACAACUCAGUGAGAUUGAGAAUAAAUUAGUUGCAUCAAGUGAACAAAAAAUGAAAACGAUAAAUUAA